AUGUCUGGCAGAGGCAAGGGUGGUAAAGGACUCGGCAAAGGAGGCGCUAAGCGCCACCGCAAGGUACUUCGCGAUAACAUUCAGGGUCACCAAGCCGCUAUUCGCCGCCUGGCUCGGCGUGGUGGUGUAAAGCGUAUUUCUGGUCUAAUCUAUGAAGAGACUCGUGUGCUGAAAGUGUUCCUGGAGAACGUGAUCCGCGACGCCGUCACCUACACCGAGCAUGCCAAGAGAAAGACCGUGACCGCCAUGGAUGUGGUGUACGCCCUGAAACGCCAGGGACGCACCCUGUACGGCUUCGGCGGUUAAACGCUCUAACACCGAAC